AUGCGUCGCGAGUGUUUGUUGAUUUGCCUGGUGCUCGGCAUCAGCCUUAUGCUCACUGCAGUCGCAGCUGAGAAGGGCGUCAUUGUUGUGGCACGUUCUGCCGGCACACCGGCCGCUGCGCACAAGUCAAAGACUACAGCAGCGCCAUUAUACACAUCCUCGCCACGUCCACCCGUCGCUGCAGUGCAACCGACAGCAACUUCCACUAAAGCGCCCACCGUUGCGGUCCAACCGACAUCAGCGCCUACUGAGGCAGCUACUAAAUCCGCCACCAAUAUUAUCAACACACCACCUCAACUCGCACCAACAACAGCAAAGCAGCAAGUUACAGUUGAAAAUGUCACCGAGCCAAAGCCGCUACAAACACCGCCCACAGAUGCCGAGCCGGCCCUGGUGGAAGCGACACCGAAACAAGCGACACCACUGCAAGUGACCGGCUUCAUUACAAAGAACGGCAGCAUAUACGAAGUGGUCGACAAGAAUGGCAUCGGUCGUAUCGAGGGCCGUCAGAAUUCAGACACUGAGGCUCCGUUUGUCUGUAAUUAUGGCGCUGUGGUCAUUUACAGUGAUGUGGCCUGCGAAGAGGUGACCGACGUGCACGUCAGUGGAUCGCAACAUAAAGUGCAAAAUUCGGCGGCUGGCCAUAAGGAAGAGGAACCGGCCGAGUCGCAGCAAUCAACGGCUGCGGUGCAGCAAAUAGUCGCCGAAAACACCAGCAGCAACAACAAUGCUGAUGAUACCAGCUCGAACAACGACAGCAGUGAUAUCGUUAAACCCAAUGCCAAGCCUAAUGACGAUGAUGAUGACUCGGUUGACUUCGACGAAGUGCCGGUGAUGAAGAAGCGUCGGCGCGGCAACAAGAAAACCAGCAAUCAACGCAAACGUAACGGCAAUCGUCAGCGUCCAAAUGCUGUGCGUGAGGAUGGUGGCAAUCGUCGUCGCCAGCAGACCAAUCGUCAACGACCACAACAGCACCAGCAGCAACGUCGUCGUCUACAAAAUAACCGUAAUAAGAGUCAACGUAGACGUUUGCAAAACCAACAGAAAGUGAAGAGACGACGCUAUCAAAGUGGCAAUCGCAAUAAACAGCGACGUCAAAGUCAACGGCGUGGGGACAACAACAAAACACGUUACAUUGACAUUAUCUACGAUUAUGAGUGA